GGAUUUCCAGCCCCAAAAUUCGAAUUUAUAAUAGGGAAAAAAAAUCUGAAUUUUCUCCCUUUUUAAUGGAUUUUUUUGGAAUUCCAGCCCCUCAGGCUGAUGGGAUCACAUCCCCCACCCCAAAAAUAAAAAUAUUUCCCUUUUUUUUUCCUCCCCCACUGAAAAAUUUUCUGUUUCUUAGGCCUGGCUCAAGCUCCAAAAUCCCAGAAUUCUGAAUUUUGAGAUUCCCUCAUGGAAUCUUCUGCUCUUCUCCCAGCUGGGAGCAGCACCCGGGGUAGGUCCAACCUUGCUCUGUGGGGGCUCUGGCCCUGCCCCGGGCCUGGUGAUGGCCCGGCCAUGGCGUGUUUCCCGCAGCUGUGGCGCUCCAGCCCGCGCUCCCCCAGCGCCCCGCGCUCCCCCGGCAGCCCCGAGCCGCGCUCCCCGGGCGCGGCCGCGCUCCCCGCCAGCCCCGCGGCGCUGCCGUCCCCCGGCAGGAAGGGCCGCUCCCCGCUGGGCUCCCCCUGCUCCCCGCGGCCCGCGUCGCCCGUGGAGUGCUCCAUCUGCUUCACCAGCUACGACAACUCCUUCAAGACGCCCAAGCUGCUGCGCUGCCAGCACGUCUUCUGCCUGGAGUGCGUGGCGCGGCUGAGCGCGGCGCUGCCCGCGGGCGCGGCCGAGGAGCUGCUGCCCUGCCCGUUCUGCCGCCAGCUCACCCCGAUGCCGCGGCAGGGCGCGCCCGGGCUGGCCACCAGCCGGGAGCUGCUGGCCACGCUGCCCCCCGAGCAGCAGCGGGAGCGGCUGCUGUGGAUGGACGGCACCAAGCUCUGCUGCCGCCGCGGCUCCGGCGACGCGGAGAGCGCCGAGCCCUGCGAGUCCAUCGACGUGGCGCUCAGCAAGGCGGAGAGCGCCGAGCCGGCGGCGCCGGGGCUGCAGGGCAGGUUCGCCCGCUGCGACCUGUGCGAGGACUGGAAGCGGCUGGUGCUGCUCUCGGCGCUGCUCAUCAUCCUCGUGUGCAUCAUCCUGUGGCCCGUGCAGUGCGCGCUCAGGACGGGCAGCCUGCGCUGCCUGGCCCGGCCCGCCCGGCCCCAGCUCCUGCCGGCCAAAGGCACCACGGCGGGGCCGCCGCUGACGGGGCCGCCGCUGCCCUAGGGACGG